GAAGCCUACGAGCAGGAACUCAAAGACCUCGCCAAAAAGGCCCGCUCCCAAAAGGGCUACUGGGCCGGUCAGUUCGCCAUCUACACCCACACCUUCAUCCUGCUCGCCCUCAUCGCCAUCGCCUCCAACGUCUCCCAGCUCGUUCUCUCACCCGUCUACGGUUCCAUCCCCGCGGCGAUAUGGCAUUCCAAGCUGGUCAUGGCCGGCUGCUUCACCGGCUGGGCCUCCAACAUCUUCUUGGAUCGCGCUUUACCCAUUGAGCCUGUCGAGCUUCUCCCUCUGAUCGCCAUGUACAUCCCACCUGUUCAAUACCUCCUUUUCAAGGCCAGUGGGUACAUGGGCGCUUACUAUGGCCCGUUGGUCACAGAGCUGUUGACGCUGUUCCCUCUGAUCACCAUCUCCUCGGCCUGCGUCGCGACGAAUCUGGAGUAUGCCGACUUUGGACCGCUGCCCAAGGCCAUUGCUGAGGCGGUGCCUGGUCUGGGCUCGUUCGGCUUCUUCAAAGCGGCAGAGAAGUUGAGCGGGGACUUCAUUGUGCAGAACAUCGGCAAGAACUUUUACAUGACCAGGAUCGGACUGGAGGGCUUGUUGGCUGCUUCCUACACGACCAUUGCGCCGUCCAAGUUCUUGUUGUUGGGGGUGCCUGCGUUGUUGCACACUACGCUUUUGAACCCGCAUCUGGCCUCGCCUAUGGCGCUUUCUAGGUUGAACAGCGGGCUGGAGAAGGAGGGAUGGCAUGUGCUGGACCGCCGAGACUCAAUCACGGGAUAUAUUUCAGUAGUGGACAGUCUGAAUGAUGGGUUCCGGGUAUUGAGGUGUGACCACAGUCUGCUUGGUGGCGAGUGGGUCAAGUUCAAGGACACUCCUCGGUUCAAGGGGAACCAGGUUGCUGAGCCUAUCUAUGGUGUCUUUGCCAUGUUGGAGGCCGUGAGGUUGGUCGAAGUGCCUAAUCCAGUUCCUGACAACGAAGCCAAGGCCCUCGUGAUCGGCCUCGGCAUCGGCACCACCCCCGCCGCUCUCGUCGCCCACGGCAUCAACACCACCGUUGUCGAAAUCGACCCUGUCGUCCACGAGUUCGCCUCCAAGUACUUCCAGCUUCCGUCCAACCACACCGCCGUCAUCGAAGACGCCGUAAGCUACACCGACCGUCUCGUCAACGAAACUCAAGGUGUCGGUCAAUAUGACUACAUCAUCCACGACGUCUUCACCGGCGGCGCUGAGCCUGUCGCUCUCUUCACUUAUGAAUUCCUCCAAAACUUGCACUCCCUUCUCAAGCCAAACGGCGUCAUCGCCAUCAACUACGCAGGCGACUUCUCCCACCCCCCACCCCUCCUCAUCACCAACACCAUCCGCUCCGUUUUCGGUUCUGGUUCAUCCUGCCGCAUCUUCCGCGAACACCCUCGCGACGAAGCCCAAGCCGCCGCCCACAACGGCCGCGACUUUACCAACAUGGUCUUUUUCUGCACCAAGGCUUCUACUCCCACUCAGGGAAUUUCUUUCAGGAACCCAACCCCCCGCGACAUCCUCAACAGUCCCAGCCGCGAAGCCUUCCUACUCCCCAAGUUUGAGGUGACAGACGACGAUCUCCUCAGAGCUGUCCAUGGAAAUGUACAAGAGGCGCAAAAGCUGGGUAUCCUAAGGAAAAACGAAACGGCCGUGUUGGAAAAGUGGCAGACGGAAAGCGCACUGGGACACUGGGAGAUUAUGAGGGGGGUAUUACCUGAGGUUGUGUGGGUUAAUUGGUAGUUUUUUCGAUCUAAAUGGUUCGAGUGAGGGAUGGGGCGUUGGGAAGAAAGAAACAAAAAAAGAAAGAAUGGAAG